AUGGGUUGCGCUGUGCGUUGCCACCCCUACUGCAAAGGUGAAGAUCUGGAUCUAUUUGGUCUUUCCUCUGGACUUGGAUCACGAAUCGACAUAGACAUCAACAUGUCUGUACUGGAGAAAAUGAGUAUUCAGGGUAUUCGGAGUUUCGGGCCCGAAAAUCCUCAAAGGAUCGAGUUUUUCACUCCCGUUACCCUUAUCCUCGGCACCAACGGAACCGGAAAGACGACCAUCAUUGAAUGCCUCAAAUACGCAGUCACCGGUGAGCUUCCGCCGGGAGCGAAAACAGGAGUUUCCUUCAUUCACGAUCCACGGCUUGCAAACCUGCCAGAGGUCAAAGCCAAGGUCGCACUCCAAGUGAAGGAUGUCCGAGGUUGCCCCCUGAUAGUUUCACGGAGCCUUCUUGCUACACAUCGCGAAAAGGUAAUUAUACCUUGCAUUCUGAGUGAAGUUUAUCACGAAUUGAGGCGCCUGUUCGCAUCCUAG